AUGGGUGCCGACGAUACCUUCAACUCGUACCGAUACAAGGAUACUCCAACUUACACUGACUCCAAUGGCUGUCCGGUUAUGGACCCCGAGUCCUCCCAGCGCGUUGGAGAAAAUGGACCCCUUCUCCUUCAGGAUUUCCAUCUAAUCGAUCUCCUCGCGCAUUUUGACCGCGAGCGGAUCCCUGAAAGAGUCGUCCAUGCCAAGGGUGCAGGAGCGUACGGUGAAUUCGAGGUGCUGGACGACAUCAGCGAUAUCACCACCAUUAACAUGCUUAAGGGCGUGGGAAAAAAGACAAAGCUUGUUACCCGUUUCUCCACUGUUGGUGGGGAGAAGGGAUCUGCCGACAGCGCUCGUGACCCGAGGGGUUUCUCUACCAAAUUCUACACCGAGGAGGGCAACUGGGACUGGGUCUUCAACAACACGCCAGUUUUCUUCUUGCGUGAUCCCUCAAAGUUCCCUCUCUUCAUACAUACCCAGAAGAGGAACCCCCAGACCAACCUCAAGGAUGCCACCAUGUUUUGGGACUAUCUGUCCACCCAUCAGGAAGCAAUCCACCAAGUUAUGCAUCUGUUCAGUGAUCGUGGUACCCCGUACUCUUACCGCCACAUGAAUGGCUACUCCGGACACACUUUCAAGUGGCUCACGCCGGACGGGGGUUUCAACUACGUUCAGAUCCACCUCAAGACUGACCAAGGCAGCAAGACUUUGACCAACGAGGAGGCCACUAAGCUUGCCGCUGAAAAUCCAGAUUGGCACACUGAGGAUCUCUUCCGGGCCAUUGAGCGCGGCGAAUAUCCAUCCUGGACUUGUUACGUCCAGGUCCUUAGCCCUCAACAGGCCGAGAAAUUCCGCUGGAACAUUUUCGACUUGACCAAGGUCUGGCCCCAUUCGGAGGUACCUCUCCGCCGCUUCGGUCGCCUUGUUCUGAACAAAAACCCACAAAACUACUUCGCUGAGAUGGAACAAGCUGCCUUCUCACCCUCACACCUGGUCCCCGGCGUCGAGCCCUCCGCAGACCCAGUCCUGCAAUCCCGCCUCUUCUCCUACUCAGACACCCAUCGCCACCGCCUUGGCGUCAACUACCAGCAGAUCCCCGUCAACUGCCCGCUGCGCGCGUUUAACCCUUACCAGCGCGACGGUGCCAUGGCCGUCAACGGCAACUACGGCGCCAACCCUAACUACCCAUCCACCUUCCGCCGGAUGAAUUACAUGCCCGUCAAAGCCAGCCAGGAGCACGAGAAGUGGGCCGGCGCUGUCCUCGCGAAACAGCUCCCCGUCACCGAUGAGGAUUUCGUGCAAGCCAAUGGCCUCUGGCAGGUUCUAGGUCGCCAACCUGGCCAGCAAGCGAACUUUGUCAAGAAUGUGGCCGGCCACUUGUGCAAUGCUGAGCAGAAAGUGCGCAAGGCGACGUAUGGCAUGUUCAACCGCGUCAAUAAGGACUUGGGAAGUUCCAUUGAGUCAUCCACAGAAGCUUUGGUGGCGUUACAGGUGCAGUCGCAGCCGCACCUGUAG